GGUAACGGUGAUAUGACGUGAACCGCAUCCCUUCGAAAAACGGUCCUCAGCUAGCGGUUAGCUAAUAGUGCCGUUUGUUUGAUUUCCGCAGUGAACGGUCGGUACACCGGAACAUAUAAAGACUGAAGACAACUCCGGAGGAUGAUGCUGCAGCGGGUGGCGGUGGUCGGUGCCGGGGCGGCGGGUCUCUGUGCAGCGAGACACAUCCUGUCCCGCGUCCACAGCUUCACCCACCCGGUGGUGUUCGAGCUCUCCAACAGCAUCGGCGGCACCUGGUGCUACGACGAGCGGGUCGGAACCGACGACCACGGGAGACCCAUCCACAGCAGCAUGUACAGAGACCUCCGAACCAACCUUCCCAAGGAGGUGAUGAUGUUCCCUGACUUCCCCUUUGACCCCCAGCUGAACAGCUUCCUGCCCCAUCAGGAGGUCCAGAGGUACCUGGAGACGUACUGCCAGAGCUACGACAUCCGUCCUCACAUCAGGUUCAACACGGCGGUGGAAAAGGUGAAGCCCGUUGUCGUGGCGACGGAGGAGGAGGAGAGGACGACGUGGGAAGUGACAUCAUCUGAUCUGUCAGGUCGUCAGAAAACAGAAACCUUCGACUCGGUCUUCGUCUGCUCCGGGCACUACUCUAACCCUCACGUCCCUCACAUCCCGGGCAUCGAGAGCUUUAAAGGGAAGGUGCUCCACAGUCAUGAGUACAGGUAUCCAGAGCUGUUCUCAGGUCAGUCCGUGGUGCUUCUGGGAGCUAAAGCUUCGGGUUUGGACAUCUCCAUUGAACUGGCCAAAGUCGGUGCCAAGGUGACUCUGAGUCACGGCCGUCCUCGUCUCACCUGUCCUCUACCUGCUGGGAUUCAACAGUCCAGUUCCGUGGUGGCGGUGGAGGAGGACGGCAGCCUUCGCUUCCAGGACGGCUGUGUGGGCGCCGCUGACGUCCUGAUGUUCUGCACCGGCUACAGCUUCAGCUUCCCGUUCCUGGACGCCCCCCAGCUGGGUCUGGAGGUCCAGGACCACCUGGUGUCUCCCCUGUACCGCUUCCUGCUGCCGCCGGCCUUCCCCUCGCUCUUCUUCAUCGGCAUCUGCAAGAUCAUCUGUCCCUUCCCCAACUUCGACUGCCAGGUCCAGUUCGCUCUGGCCGUGUUGGACGGCUCGGUCUCGUUACCGCUGCCGGCCCAGAUGGAGGACGAGGUGCGGCGAGAGCUGCGGGACAAGGCGGAGCGUGGCGUCCAUCAGCGCCACCUGCUGGUAAUGGAGCAGGACCAGUGGGAGUACUGCCAGACACUGGCCAGCACCGCCGGCUUCCCGCCGCUGCCGCCUGUCGUACACAGCCUGUACGACGAGGUGUGGCGACAGCGCCAAGUUCACCCCGAGAACUACCGGAGGAACAACUACAGGCUGAUCGGCGACGCCCGCUGGGAGCUGAUCCAUUGAUCUGUGGCGGUACUGAUUUCCCAGACUUUAGUGAUGAGAUGUGGAUCAUAAUAACUCUGUUGGCGUUUCCUCUAUAGCGCCAUCAUCUGGUCAACAUGUUCACGUGUCCAAUACUUUGAUUUAUGACUAAAGACAUUCCUCAGCCUCACACGGACUCUGUGUUUACCGCUAAUUAACAUGCUAACACGCUAAUCUGAGAUGGUGAGCAUGGUGAGGCUUAAACAUUCAUGUUCAACAGUUUUGAUCAGCAUUCAGCUCAACGCACCGCCGUGCCUGAUUAGAGCUCAACAGAGCAGCUAGCGAGGCUGCAGACUCUCCAGGGGGGUUUACUGCGUAGCUAUGGAGGCUUCGCUCGGAGCUGCCGCCACAUCUCAACAGAAAUAUAACGCGGCUACGGCGACAACAUGGGGACCGCAAGCACUGUGAUCGUCCUCACGUCGUCCUCACGUCGUCCUCACGUCGUCCUCACGUCGACCUCACGUCGUCCUCACAUCAUCCUCACAUCGUCCUCACAAUGUCCUCACAUCGUCCUCACAUCGUCCUCACAUCGUCCUCACAUCGUCCUCACAUUGACCUCACAUCGUCCUCACAUCGUCCUCACAGAGCUGCUAAAUCAAAUGUCUAGUUUCUUUUGAGUGUUUGAGUGUAACAGUCUGAGCAGCAGAUGUGAUUAAUCAUUUCUCUCCACGUUAAACAUGAACGAGGCCGACGACACACACAGAGAGAGAGAGAGCUGAAGUCAACUACAGACUUUAAUCCAGAUAUUAACAACACGUCAAAAUACACCAAAAACAAAAAGAGGUCUGACAUCACAGACUGACCUGAGCUGAAAAACAACAACAACAACAACAGCAACAGCAACAACAACAACAACAACACAUGAAGCAGGAGCGUCUGGAGCGUCCGGCGUGUUGCUCUCAGAGACAUUCAGACGGCGACAUGGCCACCGUUAUUGACUCUCAUUAAUCAUGUUCCAGGACUGAUUCGCUGAAGCUCCGUCUUUACUAAACACCAGAGAGAAUGUACAGCCGAGUCAGCAGCCCGUUAACGCUCCACCGAACCGGGUCAGAGCCGACGUCACGGGGUCAAAGGUCAGCCCUCAGAGCUGCGUGUUAACAUCAGAAUGAUUUGAUGUGGACAGAAGUUAACCUUUAUUUAAUGUGUCUGCUACUGAGCCUGUUAAAACACAUAAAAUAUGAAUUAAAAAUAACAAUUUGUGCCCUCAAAAAUAAUGUCCCUUUCUUCUGGAGGAAAAAAUAAAAAGUAGUGCUAAAAUGAUUAAUGUGCUAAUAAUUAAAGUUAUUUAUCCGCUGAAGAGAGCUUCUAAAACGUUUUCUCUGUUUUAUAUCUCAGUAAACUGAACGUCUUUGGCUUUUAGACUGAACCAAACAUCUGAAGACGUCACUUUGGGCUCUCGGACCACUCGUUGUUAUUUUAUUUUAUAUAAAAGAUUAAGAAUAUCAUUUUCCAUGUCCCAAAUCCAUAAUACAUACUAAUCCUAUACAGUUUAUAGCACAUACUCAUAUUUAUAGUUUACUUUUUAACAGUUAAUAUACAAAAGAAAUCAACAUACUUUACAGGAGAUGAUUCAAAACGUGCAACGACAGACUUCACAAAGUGACGGCAAAAUGUCCUCAGAUUUCAUUCUUGUUUUAUUUCAGCACCACCUUCAGUUUGACAAGAUGCAGAGAAUGAGAGCAGUAUGAAUCUGGGACUCAACAACCAAAACCACGUAUAGUCACAUAUUAUAAAAUGUAAAAUAAAGCUGAGAGCGUCGGGGGAUAAUGAGUAAUGAGUAAUUAAAGGGUUAAAUGACUAGAUUAAGAAAACAAAACAACCUCAUGUGAGUUAUUUAUUAGUGAUUUAAGGGCAGUUUAUUUUAAUAAAGAUCCUUUUAUCAGAC